AUGAAGUCAAAAUCAUGGAUUUCACCAUUUUUGGUACAGUGUUUUGUAACAGCUGGGGUAUCAAUCAACAUGUCGAAUAUGGGGCUAGUAAUGGGGUUUACUGCUGUAUUGCUCCCUCAACUGAAGAGUCAGGACUCGAUGUUAGAAGUGGAUGAUUCUGCUGGAUCUUGGAUAGCUGCACUUCCCAGUUUCGGUAUAAUUGCAGGCAACUUUAUAGUACCACCGAUAAUGAGCAAAUAUGGAAGAAAAAUUGCAAACCUCACAAGUGUCCUGGGCUGUAUUGUAGGAUGGGUGUGCAUUGUUUUGUCUAACACCGUGAACAUAAUGAUAGCUGCAAGGUUUUUACAAGGAAUUUCAAUAGGUAUGAUAACUACGUUAGGUCCCGUUCUUAUCGGAGAAUAUACUAGUCCAAGAAAUCGUGGGGCAUUUCUUAUGACGAUUUCAAUUUCAAUAAGUAUUGGAGUAUUUGUGAUUCACACAAUGGGAAUUUAUAUAAAUUGGCAGAUAUGCUCUUAUGUGUGCAUUGGUAUUGCAAUAGCAGAUAUAAUUAUAGUUAUACUAUCACCAGAGUCACCAAGUUGGUUAGCCGAACAAAGGAGGUAUGAAGAAUGUAAAUAUGUAUUUAGAUAUUUAAGAGGUGAUAAGGAAGAAGAGGAAUUAGAAAAGAUGAUAGCAGCAACUAUUGUUACUGAAGUAUACGAAGAUAUAACAACACACGAUAACAUUGGAGAAAAAGUUAAUAACAGUGUAAGAUACGUAAAGGAAACUGUUAAGAAUAGAACGUUUUAUUUGCCUGUAUUCAUAAUGUUUCACGUAUUUGCAAUGGCGCAAUGGAGUGGUAUAAAUAUAUUAACGUCAUAUCUAGUUGAUCUUACAGAAAACUUAGUAGGUUCUGAGUCAGAUAUUGCUCUGACUAUUAUUUCCACGGACGUUUUGAGGAUACUGUCAAAUAUUGUAGGUUUGGUUUUAGUAAAGAAAAUGAGAAGAAGGCUUUUAAUAUUCGUAACUGUUGGUAUUAACUUAGCAACAUUAAUUUUUAUUUCCGGUUAUUCGUUUGCUAAACAAACAAUUUUGCUGCAAAAUGAUUAUCCUUAUAUUGGAAUGUUGCUGAUAUACUUGCAAAUGUUUUCUAUAGCUAUAGGCGCAUUACCCAUGGCUUAUGUACUUGCUGGUGAAGUAUUCCCAUUAAAAUACAAAGGAUUAUGUGGAGGAAUCACCACGUUUUGUAUGUCAAUGAAUCUUUUCAUCAGUAUGAAGACCAUAAUAUUGUUAUUCAAUACAAUCGGGUUCUCCGGGACAUACUUAUUGUAUUCAGGUUUAGUGUUAUACUGUCUUAUAAUAGUUGGUAUAUUCUUACCUGAAACUAAGGAUAGGACACUUUUAGAUAUAGAAGAGGAGUUUAGAGGAAAGAAACUUACUGUUGAUUGUUCUAUGAAAAAUAUUUAG